CUCAGACACAGCUCUCAAGAUGUCCUGGUCGCAUGCAACCUUCCUUGUCGCUGUGCUCCUGUCACUGUCCUUAUCUCAGGAGGUAGACAGUGCAGCUGUCCCCGAUGAUAAGGGCACUACCAAGGCAACCGACCCGAGAGGUCCACUGAGGGAGAUCUUCAUGCCCGAGGCCGAAGCAGCAAACUUCUUCAGACGCCGCAGCAGAAGAGCUGCCAAGUCUCAGGACGAAAUUGACGCUGAACAGAGGCAGGUGCUGGCUGCAGAUAAGCGGAAGAGAGAGAACCAUGAGGAACAGAGGAAUGAGUUUGAGAACUACGCUGAGGAGGAGCAUGACGAGCAAGACGAGAGGACACGGGAGAGCACCGAGCAGUGGCGAGAGUUCCACUAUGACGGCCUGCAUCCCCCCCAGGAGUACAACCGCCAGUCUACCUGAGACAUCGCCGCCCUACUGGAGAACAGUGGUAUUACAGCAGGCAGGACACAGAGGGCUACGCCCCCCUACUAUAAUAGUAAAUGCAACUUUUAUAAUGUCAUGUACGCUUCUAUAAAUACUUUGGAAAGACUUUAGGUAGGUGUUCUCUUUUAGAUAUACCUUAUAAAUAAUAUUUUGAAAGAAACAAAUGACUGUCAUUCUUCUGUACUUAGUUUGAACGCUUGCAUGUGUGUUGCAUUUUCGCAUGUUGUGUGACUAUACAAUGAUGUAGAUUUGAACAUGUUUAUACUUAUAUACAGCUUUAGUCGGAAGUUUACAUUACACUUAGGUUGGAGUCAUUAAAACUCGUUUUUCAACCACUCCACAAAUUUCUUGUUAACAAACUAUAGUUUUGGCAAGUCGGUUAGAAUAUCUACUUUGUGCGUGACACAAGUCAUUUUUCCAACAAUUGUUUAUAGACAGAUUAUUUAACUUCUAAUUUCCCGUAUCACAAUUCCAGUGGGUCAGAAGUUUACAUACACUAAGUUGACUGUGCCGUUAAACAGCUUGGAAAAUUCCAGAAAAUGAUGUCAUGGCUUUAGAAGCUUCUGAUUGACUCAAAUGAUUUCAAGGCCUAUUUCAAGGCCUUCCUUCAAAUGCAGUGCCUCUUUGCUUGACAUCAUGGGAAAAUCAAAAGAAAUCAGCCAAGACCUCAGAAAAACAAUUGUAGACCUCCACAAGUCCGGUUCAUCAUUGGGAGCAAUUUCCAAAUACCUGAAGGUACCACAUUCAUCUGUACAAACAAUAGUACGCAAGUAUAAACACCAUGGCACCACGCAGCCGUCACACCUCUCAGGAAGGAAAAGCCUUCUGUCUCCUAGAGAUGAACGUGCUUUGGUGCGAAAAGUGCAAAUCAAUCCCAGAACAACAGCAAAGGAUUUUGUGAAGAUGCUGGAGGAAACAGGUACAAAAGUAUCUAUAUCCACAGUAAAAUGAGUCCUAUAUUGACAUAACCUAAAAGGCCGCUCAGCAAGGAAGAAGCCACUCCCCCAAAACCGCCAUAAAAGAGGCAGACUUCGGUUUGCAACUACACAUAGGGACAAAGAUCGUACUUUUUGGAGAAAUGUCCUCUGGUCUGAUGAAAGAAAAAUAUAACUGUUUGGCCAUAAUGACCAUCGUUAUGUUUGGAGGAAAAAGGGGGAGGCUUGCAAGCCGUAGAACACCAUCCCCACCGUGAAGCACGGGGGUGGCAGCAUCAUGUUGUGGGGGUGCUUUGCUGCAGGAGGGACUGGUGCACUUCACAAAAUAGAUGGCAUCAUGAAGGAGGGAAAUGAUGUGGAUAUAUUGAAGCAACAUCUCAAGGCAUCAGUCAGGAAGUUAAAGCUUGGUCGCAAAUGGGUUUUCCAAAUGGACAAUAACCCCAAGCAUACUUCCAAAGUUGUGGCAAAAUGGCUUAAGGAAAACAAAGUCAAGGUAUUGGAGUGGCCAUCACAAAGCCCUGACCUCAAACCUAUAGAAAAUGUGUGGGCAGAACUGAAAAAGCGUGUGCAAAAACGAGGCCUACAAACCUGACUCAGUUUCACCAGCUCUGUCAGGAGGAAUGGGCCAAAAUUCCCCCAAUUUAUUGUGAGAAGCUUGUGGAAGGCUACCCGAAAUGUUUGACCCAAGUUAAACAAUUUUAAGGCAAUGCUGCCAAAUACUAAUUGAGUGUAUGUAAACUUCUGACCCACUGGGAAUGUGAUGAAAGAAAUAAAAACUUGAAUAAAUCAGUCUCUCAACUAUUAUUCUGACAUGUCACAUUCUUAAAAUAAAGUGGUGAUCCUAACUGACCUAAGACAGGGAAUUUUUGCUAGGAUUAAAUGUCAGGAAUUGUGAAAAACUGAGUUUAAAUGUAUCUGGCUAAGGUGCAUGUAAACUUCCGACAUAUAUAUAUAUAUAUAUAUAUAAAAUUACACACAUAUAUAUAUACACACACACACACACACACACACACACACACACACACACAUACAUACCAGUGAAAAGCUGACACACCUACUCAUUCCAGGGUUUUCCUUUAUUUUUACUAUUUUCUACGUUGUAGAAUAAUAGUAAAGACAUCAAAACUCUGA